CGCCUCAUUGGGCCAGAAUUUCCGUCUCGUGCCGAGUCGCUUUUAUUGCCGAACGUCGAAGCGCUUUGGGCGACUUCAGAGUUUCGUGCUGCUGCAGCAUGGCAAGUAAAAGCAAGCAACAAUUGGCAGGUAAAUGCGAGCAAGACAGCCGGCCCAUAGAGAAGAAAGUCAAAGGUGCUGGCGACAAUGUUACGGAGACAGACUCCUUUAUACAAAGCAACAUGUUCGACCCUGCAGAAGAAUAUCGGAUGACCCAUAAGCGGCGUGGAAUCGCUCUCAUCUUUAACCAAGAGCGUUUCUUCUGGUAUUUGGCCAUGCCCAAUAGGAACGGCACAAACGCAGACAAGGAGAACUUGAUGAGAAGGCUGACGGAGCUCAAUUUUGACGUCCGGGCAUAUGACGAUCUGAAAGUGGAGGACAUGUGGAACAAGAUUAUGGACGCGGCUGCCGAGGACCACAGCAAUGCAGACUGCUUCUUGUGCGUCUUUUUGAGCCAUGGUGAAAACGAUCACGUGUACGCCUAUGAUGCCAAAGUGAAAAUUCAGGAUCUGACCACCCAGUUUAAGGGGGACAAGUGCAAGAGCCUAGUUGGCAAGCCCAAGAUUUUUAUAAUCCAGGCCUGUCGUGGUGACAAGCAUGAUGAGCCCGUGGUUCCAAUGGACAGUGUGGACAGCCAGGCGAAUGAAGUGGUGGCCGAUGCUGGCGCCGUGUACACCCUGCCAGCUGGCGCAGACUUCAUCAUGUGCUACUCUGUGGCAGAAGGCUACUAUUCCCACCGAGAGACCGUCAACGGCUCCUGGUACAUUCAGGACUUGUGUGCCGCCCUCAAGAAGUUUGGCACCACGCUGGAGUUCACGGAGAUCUUAACACUUGUCAACCGGAAAGUGGCUGCGAGAUGUGUAGACCGGUGUGCCGACCGCAGCGCCGUCGGCAAAAAGCAAGUGCCCUGCUUUGCUUCAAUGUUGACCAAGAAGAUGUACUUUCGGCCGAAAUCGAGCUAAGCAAAGGACGCAGGGGCCGGCGAAUGGCUUUCACGUUUUUAAACGAAGGGGGAUUUUCUGUCUGUUGGGAAAUGGCGGCUGCUGAUAGGACUCGAGUCCUGGAAGCAGCGGAGGGAUUGGACACUUCGAGGAUCAAAAGGGAAACGACUUUGUGUCUGUCUGUCUGUGGCAGCCCCCACACAGCCUUUCUGUGCUUUCUUUGGGAAUUUAAAUAAAAUGUGAACGGGCGACCCCCGGGUA